GCUGGCCAUCGAGCCUGGGAGCCAACAGGAUGGCACUGUGUCUGUCUGAGUUAGCGGGCGCCUCAAACACUGGGAUCUGAGCUCUGAGUGGUCCCUCUCUCUGUGUGAAGAGAGCUGGUCGGCUAGGAAACAAGCUCAGCUGUGCCGCCCUGAAGACCACCCAGCCCCACCCCCCCUCUCUCUCUCUCUCACUCACUCACUCACUCACUCACUCACUCACUCACUCACUCACUCACUCACUCACUCAGCUAUCUAUGAAAUCAUAACACAAUCUCCCUGUUUGACACAUCUGGGAGAGAGCCGUGACUUUUACUGCACAUUCAGACUGGGCUUCCUUGCUGCUGCUGGGUUUUUUUUUUCCUUUUUGUUUUCCUGCUUAUUUAAAUCCACCCCUCCUCUCAUCUCCACAGUGUUUCCUGCUGCCGAGAGAGAGACAGAGAGAGAGAGAGAGAGAGAGAGAGAGAGAGAGAGAGAGAGAGAAAGGAAAGAUAAAAAGGGGCAAGGAUGCUUCUGUGAAUGAGAAAUCAGGCUCUGGCUUUUACCCAAGCGAACGUGUCUGCAUAUCAAAUGCGGAAGGAAGGUGGAGACUGAAGCGGCAGACAGGCAGGCAGGCAGACAGGCAGGCUGGCACAGAUUCCAUACAGCGCGCCGCUCCAGUCUAGAGGGAGAGACCACGAUCAGAGAGACUGCUUCCACUUCCUCCAUCUCUACUGCUGCUGCUGCUGCUGCUGCUGCUGCUUCACAUAGCGCAGCCCAUCACUACGGCAACCGGGAGAAUACAAUAAAUAAAAAAAAAAAAAAAGGAACCAGCCUGAUGAGUGUGCGCUCCUUACCUUUGGAACGGAGGGUAUGAAAUGGAAAGGGGAUUGUCUGUUUUCAGCAGCGCUGCAGAGAGGGGAGAAAUCAUUCUAGUAACAGGAAUGAACCACUGUCUACCCAUAGGAGAGGGGUAGUGAUAUGACAUCUUCUGAACAGAGGAACAGUACAUCGCUGGUUGCUGUGUGCAUUUAUUUUUUUUUGUAUCCUGCUGCUAGGAGCCAGUGAGCUGACCUGUUUGCCUAUCAGGUAUUGGAUAAUUGUGUGUUUUGUGUGAUAAGGGUGCGCCACCUGGCACAAGGAUUGUAAGCUCAUCAUCCCUGCACGCCUUGUUAUAGCCGGUACAGCAGAGUCAAACCUGCUUUGCUGCUGCUGCUGCUGAACGAGUAGUCGUAGUAGAAGGAGAAGAAGAAGGAGGAAGGAAGAAGGAAAGGCUGCCCGUGUUGCUGCUGCUCUCUUUCUCUCUCCCUAUCUCCCGGGAGGAACAUGGGAUGUCGUCAAAGCUCUGAGGAAAAGGAGGCUGCCCGGCGUUCACGUAGAAUCGACCGCCACCUGCGAUCGGAGAGCCAGCGGCAGCGGCGUGAGAUCAAGCUCCUCCUCCUGGGCACCAGCAACUCGGGCAAGAGCACCAUCGUCAAGCAGAUGAAGAUCAUCCACAGCGGGGGCUUCAACCUGGAGGCGUGCAAGGAGUACAAGCCCCUGAUCAUCUACAAUGCCAUCGACUCGCUCACCAGGAUCAUACGGGCGCUCGCCACCCUCAAGAUCGAUUUCCACAACGCCGACCGUGCCUACGACGCAGUCCAGCUGUUUGCGCUCACCGGCCCGGCCGAGAGCAAAGGGGAGGUCACCCCGGAGCUGCUGGGGGUGAUGAAGCGGCUGUGGGCUGACAGCGGGGUUCAGGAGUGCUUCUGCCGCUCCAACGAGUACCACCUGGAAGACAACGCAGCGUACUACCUGAACGACCUGGACCGCAUCGCCGCUCCAGACUACAUCCCCACCGUGGAGGACAUCCUGCGCUCCAGGGACAUGACUACCGGCAUCGUGGAGAACAAGUUCACCUUUAAGGAGCUCACCUUCAAAAUGGUGGACGUGGGAGGGCAGCGCUCCGAGCGCAAGAAGUGGAUUCACUGUUUCGAAGGGGUCACGGCGAUAAUAUUCUGCGUGGAGCUGAGCGGCUACGAUCUCAAGCUGUACGAAGAUAAUCAAACGAGUCGAAUGGCUGAGAGUUUGCGUCUGUUUGACUCCAUCUGUAAUAACAACUGGUUCAUCAGCACCUCCCUCAUCCUCUUCCUGAACAAGAAGGACCUGCUGGCAGAAAAGAUCAAGCGCAUCCCGCUGACCGUCUGCUUCCCCGAAUACAAGGGCCAGAACACAUACGAGGAGGCGGCCGUCUACAUACAGAGGCAAUUCGAGGACCUGAACCGCAACAAGGAGACCAAGGAGAUCUACUCCCACUUCACCUGCGCCACGGACACCAGCAACAUCCAGUUUGUGUUUGACGCGGUCACAGACGUGAUCAUCCAAAACAAUCUCAAAUACAUCGGGCUGUGCUAGGGGCGCCCGUCUAACUUCUGAAGGAAUAGGGACCUUUAAAACAUGAGCUCGUGAGAGCAAGUGGAGAGAGAGGGAGAGAGGGAGAGGGAGAGAGGGAGAGGGAGAGGGAGAGGCAGGGGAUUGAAUGAAGAUGGCAGCGCUGGACACUGGCAGCCGGUUCAGAUGCAUACUGACCCAGCGAGAUGUAACUGGCGGUCUAUAAAGGAACACGGCCCCUUGAUUUGCCUGGUUCGAUGCUGCUUUCCUGUACUUGUUUUUAUUGAACGUUGGUUUGUUGUUUUUUUUAAUUAUUAUUACAUUUGGGAGUCUCCUAUCUUCUUUUGAAGUCUGAAAACCACCAAACGAGUGCAGCUGUGGUUUAAACUUUCGGAUCUGAAGACAGGAGCUCAGAACGCGUCUCGUACCAGGAUUUCUACAAACUCAAUUUUGAAGUGGAUCACAAUCCAAUUUGUUUAAAAAAAAAAAAGGAUUUUCAGAUCAGUCCCUUUUUUCUUUAUUUACUAAACCUGGGCGUGCAUCAGAUGCACAAAGUCAGAAGCUUUUACUAUGAUUUUACACUGCGUGACAUAUGACAUACCCCAGUCAGAAGAGGGACCGUGCCAGAUCUCUACAAUAAACCCGUGUUUUUACACUUAUUCUGUUAAGAAUAGGCAGGAACUUCAUUUCAUUUUCUUUUUAAUCCCCCCACACCAACUUCUAACAAGUGCUGCGUGCAAAAUUCUACAGCUGUCUUUUGAAAGUUAUUUAUUUAAGAAAAAAAAAAUAUAUAUAUAUAUUAAUAGAGCUGUAUGGAGAGCAAGUUGAACAAUAAUAUAUUGUUUUUCAAAAAUCGUUUUUGAAAGAAAGAAGAAAGUUUUAUGGUUUACUUAAUAUCACGGAAAAGGUUGGGGAAAAAACAAACAAUUAUUACUGUAUUUUAUGUCUUAAAUCUGUCGGGGAAGCUGGGAAGAAGGAGAGGUCUGAUGGACCGCAGCAGCAUCGCUCCCGAAGGAAUGAGACCUUAAACCACAAUAAAAGGCAGAAAUCUAUUUACCAUAAAUGUUAUUUGAGUGGACAUUGUAAUGGCUUAUAAUAUGUAAAUAAAAUACAUUAGAAAAUAUAAAGCACACUUUCUUUAGGCUGGACAGCUCGCCUCACUUCUACAAAGAUACGUUUGUGAAAUACUCAGCUAAGGGCUUUCAGACUGAUUUAAAGGUGUCCAGAAAUGAAAAUAAAGCAAAUGAUGCAAACUGUAUCUUUUUUGUGUAAAUGUGAUUAUUAUGAUCAUUCUAAUCAUUCUUCUCAAGAGGACAAGCAAACACAAGUACAGCUUUCUGAUUCCAUGAUUAUUUUGCUUUUAAAACACAGUCCCAACAAUCCGUAGCCACCUUUAUGAGCUUGGAUUGUUUUAAGACUGGUUGACUGGGAAGGUGCGCUAAAGCUGAGGG